AAAGUUCUAGGUUCUACAUAGCCAUGGCCGAAACAGAGACGAAGCCCCAUCCCGAGCACCACGAUGAGGAUGUCCACGAUGCCAACUACCAGGCGCCGCCGGAAAAGACCAUCGAGGAGAUAAUGGCCGCCGAUCAGGAGGACGAGAGCUUGCGGCGCUACAAGGAGGCACUUCUGGGUGCUGCCCAGACCGAGAAAAUUAUUGUUGAACCCAAUGAUCCCCGAAAAGUGAUCGUAAAGAAACUGGCUCUCGUCGUCGAGGGUCGCGAUGAUAUGGAAUUGGAUCUUACCGGUGACCUUACUCAGCUCAAAAAGCAGCUUUUUGUGAUCAAAGAAGGUGUUCAGUACAAGGUGCGCAUUGAUUUUAUUGUGCAACGUGAAAUCGUCCAUGGCCUUAAGUAUGUGCAAAAGACUUCUCGCUUGGGUGUUACUGUUGACAAAAUGAAGCAUAUGGUUGGCUCCUAUCCGCCGAAGAAGGAAAUUCAAUUUUAUUUGACGCCCGCCGAGGAGGCUCCCUCUGGCACAUUCUCCCGCGGCACCUACUCGGUCAGUUCGGUCUUCACGGAUGACGACAAGCAUAUACACCUGGAGUGGGACUGGACCUUUGAGAUUAAAAAGGACUGGGCCUAGGAAGGACAUCAAAUAGCACACACAACACCCAACACACACACACACACAUACGACAUACGCUUUUUGUUUCCCCCAACAUGUCUUGUAAAUGAGUUAGUUUUUGUUCCAAAAGUGUAAGCGAGAUUUUCCAAAAUGUAAUUGAUCGUCAAGUAUUUUUGUUAACGGUAUUAAAUUUUAAAUAUUUUUGUAUCUAAAGUGUAAUGAGAAACCAUGAUAAGUAUUUUUGAUACCCAUUGAAUACCUAAUAGAAUGUGUGCAGAUGAAGAGCAUUUUUCGCCCAAGUCCUCAGCAAGACGGCAAGUCGAUCAGUCAAGUCAAAACCAAGUCAAGUCACUAGGCCAGUCAGUCAGUCGUUUGGUUCCAAAUGCCAUUGCCUAUGUUUAACAUACAUUUUCAAGCAGAUUAACAUUGAGUAAUAAACUUUAAGAAAGUUGUUUGCAUUUCGCUAUGUAUUUAAAAUUAAUGAACGGAAUGAUUUGUCCUAAAUGUAAGAUCAAGUCCCCCAACUAAACGGAAACAAUACCCAAAGAUGAUUUACUCCCCGUAAGCAUCCAUCUAGAAUCAUGCAAUUCGAACUGUUGAAUGUAACUAAAGCUGAUACUUAAUAAUGCAUUUGAUGUUUGCGGAGCAUGCAAACACUGAAGUCUACAUUAUUCUAACUAUAUACUAUCUCUGUGUAUUUUUUGUGUACGAUAUAUGCGAAUGCUGAUUGAAUGCAACCGAAGAGCAAUAAAGAAUAAAGUAUACAUAUUUUAAAAAUGAAA